GAUUUUAUCAUGUUCUAAGAAUCGAAAACACUCAAAUACAUAACAGGUUCUAAAGCAACAUCGUUAAUCAAAAGGACUUAAUGCAUCCUAUUCGAAAAAAACAAUCUUAUACAUCCGACUUCGAUUAUAGUACUACUAAGUAUGUUCUUUCUUUAAAAUGCAUUUAAGCAAUGAAUAUACACUGGUAAUAAGAUAUAUUGAAAAAGAUAGUUGGAAUAUUUAUUUUAUGGUUUUAAAGUGUCAUACAGAAAAGUAGAGACAUAACAGUUGAGAAAAAGCAGCAAGAAGAACAGAUGGAUGACAUAGAAGAAUAUGAAAAUCCGAAGGAUGACCCUGCAAGAAAUGAUGGAAAGUCAAUUGACCAAACCGAUCAAGAGAAGAACAGCGGGGUGGAUGCACGUGAAAGUCGAGCCCCUUUAACGCAACAAGUAUUUCCAUUUCAGGAUGGCGCUGUUAAAGGUGAUGGAAAGUCAGCUGACAAUGACAAUCAAGACCAAAACAGCGGGAUGAAUGCACAUUCAAAUCCCGAUCCACUUACGCAACUGAUUGAUUACGAAGAAAACACUGAGGAAAUACCGUUCGAGUUCGACGACUUAAACAACACACAAAAACAGGCAAUAGCAGAUAUUGGUCGUUUUGUACAAAAUGCUCUCGAAAAAAAAGUAGUCGAGGUCACAAGCAAAGUCAUUGUAGAAGAGAUAGAACUCCCAGAAGUUGCAGAAAUCCUUGCAUAUGUACGGAAAUGUGUUACGUUUUGCUGGUCUGCUCGCCGGCAUGACCCGCCAGUGUAUAUUGAUUUCAUGGAGGUAACGGAUGAUACGCUUUUGGACUUAAACGUAUACAAGCCGUACACAAAGAAGGGCAAGCUUGUCGACUAUGUUGUCUGGCCUCCAAUUUAUCUACAUAAAGGUGGACCUAUGCUUUCAAAAGGUGUUGCACAAGGAAAGAAUAAGAAUUGAAUGGACGUACAUACAUUGUUUUUAUAUAUUUACUGGCUAAAAUCAAAUUACAUAUUUGUAUCUUUUGUUGAUUUUUUUUAUCUCAAAUUGUAAUCAUACGUUAAUUGAUCUGUUUUAUAUGCUGUUUAAUUCGAAAUAUAGAAACAAAAUGUAUGUGUGCAAGUAUUGGUGUGUGUAAGAAACUUUGAUUCAUUCUAAUCAAAUAGGUCGUAUUUUCUAUACUGUAUCUGUAAAUUAUGUUUUUCUGAGAAUUAGGACAUUAUGUUAUGACUCCUACAAUUCCUUAUUUGAAGUAAUUUCGUAUUGUGGAAUGAUCAUGUUAUAGCAUUUUGUGAUAUAUGUUACGGGUAGUUUCAUCAAAUUAUUAAGAAUACUUAAAGAAAUAUCGUAUGUCAUUGAAAGCAAUGUCAGUCAAAUCAAAUUUAAUUCCUUUACAUAUAUUAUUUAUUCGAAAUUUUGAAAUAACUUUCUUUCACUUAUUGACUUAAAUAUAACUGUUUUAGUAUUAAAAGAUAAACGUAUGUCCGGUAUGGUAAUAUGUAAUACAAAUAUUUCAAUACAAACGUUUUUAGAAUGUUCAUUAUUUAGUUCGAAUUGUUUCUGUCCUAUAUGAAAGGAACGUUCGCUUACGAACGGAAAUGAAACUAUACUGACAUGUCUUUAUCGUUUUAACUUUAAUUAAAGCAAUUGUUAAUGUUUCCGUUUUUAACAAUAAAAAUGUUGGUCAUCUAUACAACUUUAAAAUAUCUGCAUUCAAUACUUACUGUUCUAGCUGGGUGUCGAUAUUUUGGUCAUUUGACCGUACUCUAAUAUAGAUUCAUUAUCUUUGAUGUAUGUAAAGCUAAUGCAAUAGUCAUUUCUAACCACGCCCCGCAUUCCAGGACACCUAGGUUAGGCCCAUUCUCGAUAUUUUCGGCCCAUAAAACAAAACCACCAAAUUCCCUAGGCACUGGAAAGGGCGCUACCUGGAAGGUUUAAACAAGGCCAUUUCCCCCGCUAUCCCCGGCAUACCCCCAGGACCUGGGGACGUGGUUACAAUUGACUGAUGCAUAACUAUAAUUAAGAAUAGUUGUUCCAUGUUUGUAGCAUUGUGUGAGUGUAAAUUCAGAAUAAUUUGUGCUAUAUAUAAUCAUAUUAUCUUAAUUGAAUGUUUCAUGUAAAAAGCACAUCUAGUUGUAGAUUUGUAUGUUAAAACGCAGGUCUGGCGGGAUGUACGAAUUUCGCAAUACAGUUUGCGGCUAGUCGUGAGUUAACCGGGCGUGCCAAUAAUUACAAACUGUGAUAGAUUGUUGGAUUAUUGGUCUCAGUCGUAUACAUUUGUACAUUGUCUUAAUAUACACAGAAUUUAACAUUUUUAUGUCACGAAUCUAAACAUAUCACUAACUUAAACAUUUAGUUAAAGAUAUGUUGCUGAAAUGUGUGUCGUGAGAGAAUGAUUGUAUGCUUUGAUAUACAUUUGUGUUUUUGUUAAUGUUCUAUCUAACAUGCAUGUGUUAAAUGUGUUGAAUGUUAUCAUUCCUGUACUUGUUUGAUAAGAGUUUAAGUGAUAAAGUUCAUUAAAAAAUAUAAAUGUAUUCAUUCAUUGUUUCCAUACACUUUUUGCAGAUGGUGCAAUAAUGUGUUUUUUGUCGCAAUAUAGACUUUGUAGAUGUUACUUUAUAAAAUAAAUCCAAGCCCGGUUCAAAAGCGGACUGAGAUCGAGGUUUUAAACCGCUUUAUAAACUUCCUAUAUAUCAUAUCGUGAAUUGAUCGAUUUGCAGGCAAACUAAUACAGAUUACUAGACUUAGUAUAUGACAACCAAACACCACUACCAAAAGUGUAAUAAAUACUAAACAACUUUUAAAAAAAUAAAUUACCUUCCUUAUACGAAAUUGAAUAUUGUUUGGAGAUUAUCCUUUAUGCAAUCGAUAACUUCGCUCAAUCCGAUGUAGCAGUACAAAUAACGCUGUGAUCAUAUAAAAGAAAAAACACACACAAAAAACACACACGGAGAUUAAGAAUCUUCAGCACGUUUUUGAAUCACAAACCUUUUAGCUUCAAAUCUUUUAAAAUGGAAAGUAGCCCAUUAAUAAAUCAGAAUGUAGUUAGAGAAGGUAUUACCAUGCUGUGAUGUAUUGAGGUUAUUGGUUCAAUACCUAAUAUAUUUAGGGAUACUGUUCUCAGUAACCUGUUUUAUCGCUAUCCCAGGCAUACCCCCAGGACCUAGGGGCGUGGUUACAAUUGACUGAUGCAUAACUAUAAUUAAGAAUAGUUGUUCCAUGUUUGUAGCGUUGUGUGAAUGUAAAUUCAGAAUAAUUUAUGCUAUAUAUAAUCAUAUUAUCUUAAUUGAAUAUUUCAUGUAAAAAGCACAUCUAGUUGUAGAUUUGUGUGUUAAAACGCAGGUCUGGCGGGAUGUACGAAUUUCGCAAUACAGUUUGCGGCUAGUCGUGAGUUAACCGGGCGUGCCAAUAAUUACAAACUGUGAUAGAUUGUUGGAUUAUUGGUCUUAGUCGUAUACAUUUGUACAUCAUCUUAAUAUACACAGAAUUUAACCUAUUUAUGUCACGAAUCUAAACAUAUCACAAACUACAACAUUUAGUUACAGAUAUGUUGCUGAAAUGUGUGUCGUGAGAGAAUGAUUUUAUGCUUUCAUAUACAUUUGUGUUUUUGUUAAUGUUCUAUCUAACAUGCAUGUGUUAAAUGUGUUGAAUGUUAUCAUUCCUGUACUUGUUUGAUAAGAGUUUAAGUGAUAAAGUCCAUUAAAAAA